GGUGGCUUCUGUUGCUUGCCUAGUGUUCAAGCGCAGAAAAAAAAAGACCAAACUGUAUAAAGAGGCGACCACGCUAGUCGGAAUCUGAUCCAAAAAAAACAUGGUUGAACCCUGAUUUAUCACGGCUUAUUCGUCAUGGCUCAACCGCAGCAUCGAAAAAGCACUUCAUCCUCAUCGUUCGAUCCAGCCAAUGAGUUGACUAUUACAGCUCCCCCAGAUCUCGAGAAACAAUCGACAACCGAGAAAAAUACAGAUCAUUCAUCCCAGUUGGAAAAGCUGGAUACAGUUCAUACAAUUCAUACAAAUGUAGACGCGGGUAGUAUCAUUGAGCCACCUUCAGAUGCGGCUUUUUAUGAAUCGAUUCCAAAUGGUGGUUAUGGCUGGUUCAUUGCUGUCGCUGGAUUCCUGAGUAAUUUUGUCAUGUUUGGCGCCGCUUCUAUCUGGGGUGUUUUUUCCAAUGCAUAUGCAACUUCGAUUCUGCAAAACAAAGCAAGCAGCGUCGAACUUAUGGGCGUCGGAUCCACAAUGAUUGCCUGUCUCAAUUUGCUAACUCCGUUAAGUCCUGUUCUCGCUAAACUCGGCGCUCGCGUUGUCAUGGCGAUUGGAAGUGUCAUGAUGUCUCUCGGUCUCAUUCUUGCAGGCUUCAGUUACGAAAUUUGGCACUUGUACCUCACGCAAGGUGUGCUUUUUGGCUGUGGCGCCUCUCUUGUUUACAUGUCCAUCGUGUCAGUCGUCCCUCAAUGGUUCACUACGCGACGUGGUACCGCUAUGGGUAUUAGUUCUGCUGGCACAGGCUUUGGCGGUCUCGCUCUGAGUCCAAUGGCAAGUUCGUUAAUCGCUCAAUAUGGAUUGCCUUGGGCCUAUCGCAUUAUUGGGCUGAUGUCGUUUGGUAUCUGUAUGAUCUCUACAUUUUUGAUGCGAACCCGUCUCCCGCCCAACUUUAGAAAGCAACCCAUUCGAUCGCCCAUCAAACCUGAAAUGCUCAAAGACAUGAACUUUGUCCUCUGGUUGCUCGGUGCCGUAAUUGCACUUACAGGAUACUUUAUUCCACUUUACGUUCUUCCCAAAUACGCCGCUUCUGUUGGUGUCAGUGCUGCUAAUGCAUCGACGAUUGUCGGUGUGGCAUGUGCCUUGAACGCCAUUGGCCGUCUUGUCUUGGGUUGGGUGGCUGACAAGAUUGGUCGUUUGAACAUGUACAUUAUCGCCAACAUUUUUGCCGGACUGUUUUGUAUGCUUCUUUGGCCUUUUGCAAAGACGUAUGGUGCACUCAUGGCAUUUGCUGUGCUGUGGGGUACUGUAUGCGGCAUUUAUUUUGCAUUGGCGCCUCCGAUUACCGCGACCAUUGUUGGUAUGGAAAAGACUUCGUCAGGUUUAGCUAUUCUGUUUGUUGCCAGUGCCGUCUCUUCGGUUGGCCCCCCUAUUGCUUCGGCGAUUCAAACGGCAACUCCGAAUGAGGGAUACAUCGGCGUACAAAUGUUCGCUGGUUCCGUGUACAUUUUUGGAUCGCUCAUGUGCAUCGUGCUGAAGAUCAAAAUGACCAAAUCAGUCUUUGCCGUUAUUUAAGUCCCCAUUCCCUAAAGCAUACUAUUCCAUUUAUUUCUCUUACCCGCAUAACAAGAAGCAUUGUACUAUAUCAUACAAUUAUAAUUUUCUCUCUUUUUCUAAUACAUGUAUAUCCAAUAGAAGUUUUUUUUUCUUGAUUUCCUUUUUGCUUUCGAGGGCCGCGUUUACCCCACACAUCAUCAGCCCCUGAAGAUGACCCAUCCGCCUUUGAUUUGCCCCUUAUUGUUUUCUACUUUAUUUUUUUUUCCCAUCGGUCUAUUGAAACAAUAAGAAGUAAAACUUGAGAGUUUCUCCAUCUAUUUUACACAGCCACGUCCAUUUAAUUUUUUUUUCUCUGCUU